AUGAAGGAAAUUCAUCCAGGUUUACAUUGCAAGUCGAACAUCCUCAAAUUCACAGUGAAGUUCCCUUGCAGGCGACAAUACAGUCAGGAGAAGCCAGCUAUGAAAUGUGCUGAGGACCCCGAGUGGUACUUCCUGGCACUGCUAAGGAGAAGAGAAGCAAUGAAACGUGUCAGACAGAUGUUAGAAAAUGAUCCUACAUGGGAAGGAUGGGUGAUGGUUUCUAGGUUACUGAUAGCACAGCACAGUGAAGCAUUUUCAAGAACUGGAACUUUCCCUCUUAAAGGAAUCCUAUCCUUCACAUCCCAGAAAGAAACCCAUGACAACCCCUUUCAGGGCUGUUUAGUCCCCCUCUCCAUGCCAGGCCACACUAAAUGUGUGGUAUCAGGUUUGCCUCAGCCCAGGUCAAUGUUCCUGAGCUGGCUGGCCCUUGGGGUCCCAGGGACUCUGGACUCUUACUCUAACUGGCUAAGUAAAGGCUUGACCCAACAAUCUGAGCUUGUGACAUCACGUUGCUCUCAACCUAUCAGACGGCAAAGGUUGCUCCCAUUUGCUGCCCCAGCAAGGAAAGAGCAACAAGCAAACCUUGUGCUGCUGAACCAAGAUACAAGUAUAAUGGAUUCCAACAAAAAAGAGCCCUCCAAAGGGACUGCCUCAAACAGACGUUCUCAUGAUUCGAAACAAGAGAAGAAAAAACAACUCGCUGAUCAAAGGUCAUUUAUUUCAACCUACCAGAAGGAUUUCGUCCAAGGCCAAAUUCCACAACAUUUGGUCCUUAGAAACCAGCGUCUUCAACAGGCCAAACGAGAGCCAAAACGUGUACCACCAACAACCUACCAACAAACCUUUUGUGAUCCCUUCAAAAGCUCCCAGGAAGGUGACAAGAAGGAGUCAGAAAAUGAAACUGACAAAAAGGAAUGUCAUUCGAUACCCUUGGAAACCCUUGUUAAUAAUGCUAUAGAAAACGCAGCAAAUAAGAAGGUAAUUCUUAAGCGGUACUCUGUUGCCGAGUGUUUGCGUUGGCCUACUUCGCUGAAGUAGGCAUUCUCAAGCUUUGCCUAUUAAACAGCAGAAAAAACCUA